AUGAGGGAUCAUUAUGUGGAUGAAGAGAGAUUUCGAGACUAUAGCAGACAUGUAGAUGGUGUUGAGCACGAUCAUGGGAGAAAGCGUGAGCGCGAAUGGGAUAGAGAUGGUGAAAAGAAUACUGAGCAACAGAGGAACGCCAUUCAUCAUAGAAGUGGGGACAAGGAUAAUGAGCAACAACAUCAUUAUCGGAAGAGAUCCAGAUUUGAUGAUCAUGGGAGUAGGGAGAUUUCAUUGGAUUCUUUCAAUGAUGAAAUGGAUCAGGGAGAAAACCAAUUAGCAGUUUUAAGUCUGAAGCUUCAAGAACUUCAUAAAGAGAGAUCUGAGAUAGAAGAAUUAGUUGCAGAAAAACAGGAAGGUCUUUCUCAGUUGCAAGACAAUUACCAGUUAUUUGUUUGA